AUGUCCUCCCAACCACUCCUCCAAACCGCCCCAGGAAAAAGAAUCGCCCUCCCCACGCGCGUCGAACCCAAAGUCUUCUUCGCCAACGAGCGCACCUUCCUCUCAUGGCUGAACUUCACCGUCAUCCUCGGCGGUCUCGCCGUCGGUCUGCUGAACUUCGGUGACCGCAUCGGCCGCAUCUCCGCCGGUCUGUUCACCGUCAUCGCCAUGGCCGCCAUGAUCUAUGCGCUGGUGACCUUCCACUGGCGCGCGCAGAGUAUUCGCAAACGAGGCCAGAGUGGAAUUGAUGAUCGCUUCGGGCCGACGAUCCUCGCUAUGGCGCUUUUGGCGGCCGUCGUGGUGAAUUUUGUGCUCAGGAUGGUGGAGUGA